AUGCCGCCCGACCCUAAAUCAUCAUCUGGAGGUGGCAAUGCUUCCACCUCAACGUCAAUGACGACAUCAGCUGCCGGAGGAGGAGGUGGUGGUAAUGGAGCAAGUAAGAAACGUAGUUUAGCACCUAAGAGAGGUGCGAUAGCUUGCGUGAGAUGUAAAGAACGUAAAGCGAAAUGUGUACCUGCACCACCCGGAACUUCUCCUGUUCCAACUUGUACGAAUUGUUUAACUGCAAAGAAAGAAUGUGUAUAUCUGGAAAGAACUCCAAACGAGAUAUUCUUGCUGGAAUACGUCUCUCAACUUGAAGCUAGAUGUGCAGCCUUAGAAGUGGAAUUGAGGAAAGCCAAUCCAUCUUCAUCAUAUGCUUCUGAUCAUAUUCAGAUGCCAGCUAAAGCGAGAUCAGCUGCUGUUGACAAAUUGAAUCAAGUAUAUCCUCCUUCGUCAAUAAACCCUACCACUACGUCUACAUCGACUACUGGUCCAGCUCCGAUCCCCAUCAAUAACAGUACUGUCACACAAGAAGUCAAGACGGAAGAAGGGCCGUCAUCGGUUCCUUCGACGGGAAGUGGAGGCCCAGAAUUGACUGUUGAUGGUGAAGAAGAUGAGGAAGAUUUAGCCUUAGGUAUAGGAAUGUUAUCACUCGGUGGUGGUGAAGAACCAGUUUAUGUUGGCCCUAGCUCAGGUAUCAAUUGGGCAAGAGUCUGUGCGACUGCACUUCGUAGACCAAGGGAAGCGACAGAUAGAUCAACAUUAUCAAGAUUCUCAUAUUUAGCACCACCAGAAUUAGCAUCUGUACAAUCAGCAUUAGAAUAUACGUUACAUCACCCUACACCACCUUUACCACCGCCAAGAUUAGCAUCUCAUUAUCUGGAUUUAGUAUAUGAUCAUAUUCAAGCUAGAUAUGGUUGUUUCGAUUGGACAGUAGUUAAGAAUUGGCAUGAAAAUAGACAAGCUAUUUGUCAAGGUAGACCUUUAUGGGGUGUAGGUACGGGAAAUGAUGAAAGAAGAAAUUUAGCCAGUUUCUUCUUAUGGUUAUCUUAUGGUUAUGGUGCUAGAUUAUCUGAAGAUGAAAAAUUGGAAGGUGCAGUUUCACAUGAAGUAUAUUACAACGCCGCUGUAGCUUGUCUGUCGACUUUGACUUCUCAUCACUCACUUGCUACAGUACAGGCAUUAGUCCUGCUUAUCAUCUAUGGACUUCGACAUCCUACCGCAGAAGUUUCCGUUUGGCAAGUAGGAGGCUUGGCAAUGCGUACAGCUGUCGAAUUAGGUAUGCACAGAAGGCUCAGGUCUAGAAGUGAGAGGGAAAAGGACCCAAUAAGGUACGAAAUGAAGAAGAGGGUUUUCUGGGCGGUAUAUACUUUAGACAGAAUGAUGUCCGCACAACUUGGUCGUCCGGCAGGUAUACAAGAUCGAGAUAUCGAUGUGGAACUACCACUCAACGUCGAUGUCGAUUUCUCAGAUCCACAAACUUUAUAUACAAUGCAGAAUCGUCAAAUCGAGAUGAUGGCUGGAAGAAGACCUGGUGACGAGUACAAUGGCGGCUACGGACUUGUGACUUCGAUGACUUCUGCCAUUCAUAAUAUUCGUAUGAACCAAUUGAAACAGAUGAUAACCGAUGCGAUCUAUCGACUGGAUAAACCACUUCGACCGAAAGACCCAGAUGUACGAACGGGUGAACCAGAGCAAGACUCCUAUGCAGAAGCUGACGAACUUCUUCGUCGACUGGACCAAUGGAGAGCAUGUCACCCGCGUGGAAAAGAUAACAUACCGAUGUUGCCUCUAGAACAAUGGGAAUUAGAGUAUCAUAACUGUGUUCAAUUGUUACUUAGACCCAUCGUAGCAAGCUGUAAAGCCGCUGGUAAGUAUGUUAAGCUGUGUCUCAACUCGGCCGCAGCAUUAUGCGAGACGCAAUAUCAAUACCUUCAACCUCCUGUUGUUCAAUCCAAAUUGACCACUUGGCGAUUUUAUCGAUUAUUCUUAGCUGGUCUAACACUUUUACAUAUCAUCACAACUUUCCAUCCUUACCUGACCGAUAAUGAUCGAGUCAGAGCGGAAGCAGCUAUCAGGAAAUGUCAAUCUGCAUUAGGAGUAUUCGGAUCAAAAUUCAGAGCUGCAGGAAGACAUGAAAACUUAUUCAGAGAAUUGGUUUCAGCUUGGGAAUCAGGUACUUCAGGAAUUAAGAAAGAUCUCACCAAUACAUCAACGAUUUCUGAACACAGUAAUAUGCAAAGAGGAGGAGAAGGAUCGACUGAACUAAUGAUCGCUAGAUUAUUUGAUAUUUCACCUUCUCCAAAUGGGUUGACGUCAAAUAUCCCAAUCCCACAUGCCCACGCUCAAGGAUUCGGAUCUGGAUCCGGACCUGGGACCGCAGACGCUUUUGGAUUAUCGACCUCACCAGUACAACAGCAUUACAAUAGCCAUUUUGGUUAUCCCCACCAGCAUCAUACUCAGCAACAUCAUCACCAACAACCAAAUCAUAAUGAUAAUGCCUCGUCGCAUCAUCUUGCAAGUCCAACAAAUACCAUGGAUCAUGGAUUAAGUUCAAGUAUGAACAGUAUUUCCAAUGGAUUCUCACAGUCACAACAAUCGGGUCGUUCAACCCAUACCUACAACCACAAUCCCAAUUACAGUCAGACGUCCGGAUUGACAAGUACGGAUGAUUGGGCAAGUAUGUUGGGUGAAAUGGGCGUUGGAGUGAAAGAUGAUUUCUUUUCGCUAAUGUCAUCAUUCGGACUUGAAACUUCUACUCAGACUCCCUUUUUAACCAAUGAGACUUCUGAUCCAAUAUUCGAUUUUUUAACUUCACCUCAAUCUACUUCUUCUCAACUGAACAAUGGAUCAGGCUUAGGCUCGGGCUCGGGCUCAGGCUCAUAUCCCCUUGAUCCAUUUGGUCCAAGUACGAAUCAACCUAUCUCUCCUCUCUUCCCAACUCAUAAUAUUCACGGGAACAGUAUUGGGUCUGUUGGUGGAAAUGGUAUCGGUAAUGGAAUGUGGGAUGUAGGUAGAAGAGACAGUAAUUUAGGUAUGAGUGAUUGGGCUGGAUUGUUUGACGGGGUAUCGCAAUCGCAAAACGAUCAAUCACAACCUCAAGGGUACAAUUACAAUUAUGCUCAUGGGCAAGGUGAUACGGGCAAUCAUGGUAGUGGGUGA